CGACGCGGGAUCUUCAGAAUCUCAAUAAUUAAGAAGUCGAUUUUAAGCUUUUAUAUUUACAACAUCCAGCAAUCAUGGGAAUUCAAGGAUUGCUGCCAUUUUUAAAGAAGAUCCACCAACCUGUGAAUGUCUCACAAUUUGCUGGAUGUACUGUAGCCAUAGAUGCAUACUGCUGGCUGCAUAAGGGAGCCUUCUCCUGUGCCGAGAAAUUGGCUCUUGGUGAAAAAACAGACCAGUAUGUAUACUACUGUAUGAAGUACAUCAAUUAUCUACUAUCAAAGAAUAUUAAACCUAUUAUGGUUUUUGAUGGAUGCCACUUGCCGUCGAAGAAAAAUGUUGAAAAGACCAGGAGAGAAAAGAGAGAGAUCAACCGUAAGAAGGCUGCGCAGUUCCUUCGGGAAGGGAAGCGAGCGGAAGCGAGGGAAUGUCUCCAGCGAUGUAUUGACAUCUCUCCAGAAAUGGCCUUACAACUCAUGAAUACGUGCCGAAACAACAGUGUGGACUGUAUAGUGGCGCCGUAUGAGGCUGACGCUCAACUUGCAUACUUGAACAAGAUCGGGGUGGCCCAGGUUAUCAUCACAGAGGACUCCGAUCUCCUUUUGUUCGGCUGUGAAAGGGUACUGUUCAAGAUGGACCAUGCUGGUAAUGGUGUGCUCAUAGAGCAGCGUCGCCUUAACGAGGUGAUGGAGAUCCAGCCAGACCACUACACGUUUGACAAGUUUCGUUAUAUCUGUAUCCUGUCAGGCUGUGAUUACCUCCCCUCUCUCCCGGGCAUUGGGCUUGCGAAGGCCACGAAGGUGUUCAAGAUUGCCAGACAGGCAGUAGUGGAACAGUUGCUGACGAAACUCUCAACAUACCUGAAGUGCAACAUUACGGUGCCACCGGAGUAUAUAGAAGGCUUCAAGGCUGCAGACAAUACAUUCCUGUACCAACUGGUGUUUGAUCCCCUUAAAAGGAAGCUGGUACCUCUGAAUUCCUAUGGCCCUGAUGUGGAUCCGAAGGAAAUGGCGUAUGCUGGCUCCUACAUGCCCCAGGAAAAAGCCCUACAGAUAGCACUGGGAAACAUUAAUAUCUACAAUGGCGAAAAGUUUGCUGAUUUUGAUCCUGAGAGAUUUGUGCCAAAGUACGGGAAGAAGAAGCCCGAAAUGUUGCACAUGCUGAGCAUGUGGAGUCGUGGAUACCGGGUGAAGCCGAGGGCGGCCCUCAAGGAAACCCAAACUCCAGAGCGUCCUAACAUGAGGGGGCGUGAGGUGGAGGUUAGAAGACCUCUUAGGAGGAGUCCCAGGAAAAGGGCUCACCAAGAUGAGGAUUGUGAGUUAUCCAAGACAAAUUCUGAGUUGACCAACAUGUAUGGGGAUGGUCCUCCAGAGAAAAAGGUUCGGCCUGACGUCGGAGAUGAUCUACAUAGAUUCAUGUUUGCUAAGAAGAGCGACUCUCAAGGUACACAACCCCCUGAUCAGUCUGACUCAGAACCUGAACCAGAGCCUGCCAACCCCGGUGGAAAGCGCACUCCAGCAUUCUUUAACUCCCUGCGUGAGGCCCAUCCGACCCUCAUUAGUAGCCCAUCCAAGGAUGAGGAGGAGAAGGAGAAUCAUGUUAAAUCUCCCACCAGGAAUAUGUUUGCCUGUAGGUCUCCCAGCAAGAGACUCAGGUUCAACCUGAAUGCAGAGAAACCCAAGCCUGUAGAGGUCAAGAGCAGGUUCUUUUCCCCUGUAUCCCGUGGAGCUUCUAAAGAUGCAGAGAUAUCCAAACAGACCAGUAUAAGCGGUUUCAGACCAGCACAUUCAAACACCGAGAAUGUUUACAAUGAGACGGGUACAGAAAUAUGUGACAACCCUGAGACAGACACUAAAGACAGUGUGCCUAGUGUAGAUUCUCCAAGGACUAUGUCUCCAUCUACAAAAGAUAGGAAAAGUUCAUCAGGGCUAUUUAAGUUUACAAAAACAUCCCAGAGUGAUGUAUCUUCCCCAGCAUCUAAUUCUGCAUUCAACUGGUCUAAGUUCAAAUUCAACAAACAAGGAAGUUCAGACUCUUUGGACUCAACCAAAUCUGUACAUAAUCCUUUCAAAAAAGUUGUUUCAUCAAGUAAAUCAAAUUCAACAUCCAUCCUCAAUAGCAGCGCUACAGCUGAUACAGGAGGCAUGAUUAACUCUGAUAUAGACAGCAAGACAGACUGUGAUAAUGAUAAUGAAACAUGUGAUAAAGAUGCAGGAUUUACUGAUAAAGACUUGGAAGUUAGCGAGCAAGACACAUCAUUAAGUGAGAAAGAACCAGAACUAGGAGAUACAAGCCCCUCAGAGCUGGGUGAUGCCCGCUGCUCCAUAUCAGACAGUUACCCCUAUAGCAUAGACUCCAUGUGUAUGUCCCAGCAAACAGCAGGGAGUCAAGACUCUCUCCCCAGUCUUCCUUCACUCAGCCAGGAUGGAGACAAUACUGUCAUUGAUAACUCUAAUAAAUCUGUAAAGAGGGUACCAAGUCUGAGUAUAUAUUUCAAACCUGCUCCCAGUGAUUCACAAGGGUCAACAGUCAUCUCCAAGGGUAUAUCUGAUCGAGGAGACACACAGGAUGAACCUCAAACUGACUUUGGAGAUGGCCCUGCGAAGGUGGUGUUCAUUAUUGAGUCAGAUGAUGAGGAUGUCGGUGCUGAGGCAGACUCCCUUACGAAGCCAAAGAAAGAGGAUUUAAAGCCAAAACCAGGUUUAAAGUUGGGUGGUGUGAAACCGGGUUGUCGAGUAUCGGGUUUGUCAAGAAAGUCACGGAAAUCCUCAAGUGACUCACUCGACAAAAACCAGCCAAAGUUGAAAGAUAUGUUUGCCAAGUUCUCUUACAAUAAACAGUGAAUGGCCCGACUUCCCAAUGACUUGAUUCCUCUGACCAAGGGGAAUGCCUGAUGUGAUACUUUUCCACAAAACUCUUUACAAGAUAAACAUUUAAAUUGAAUUCUAAUGAAAUAUGAAUUGCAUGGAAU